AUUUAAAAGAAGUCAGUGUUUCAGCUGUUUUACAGUUUUCUGGAAGUUUGUUCCAAAUUUGUGGUGCAUAGUCAAACAAACCUGGCACUUGAGAGAAUCCCUACAUUAUAAUCACACGUAUGUUCACACACAUCCUUGUCUGUACGGGUGUGUGUGUGUGUGUGUGUGUGCGUGUGUGUGUGGGUGUGUGUGUGUGUGUGUGUGUGUGCGUGUUUGUGAUUCCGUUCAGUGUUUAAACACAGAACUCUCCACUGUUUACGUUUAUCUGUCAGACUGACCUGAGCGAAGGUAGUUCAGGUCUAGCCUCCUCCUAGUUGAUACGCUGAGCACACACACCCUCACUGCUCAAACACACACCAACACACCUUCGGAGACCUUUGUCCCCAAGAGAGCGUUGCGACCUUUGUCUCAUGCGGCGGCGAGAGACGCAGAGAGCAGAGGUUCGGUUACUGAGCGCCACAGAUUUAGUUUUCUUUCAGUUUGCCUGGUUGAGAAUCACAGAUAAAUCCUCUGUAAUCUGUGUUAGAAUACAGAGGAUUGUAUGAGAAUAAACCCGUUUGUUUCCUGCCGGUUUAUUUAGACCAAACGGAGACGAAAUAGGACAAUAUUUCAAAUGUGUUUCUUUAAAAAAAGUGGAAGAUUUUUGUCUUUCCCCUGAUUUUUGUACAUUUUCUGUGAUUGUACAUUAUCUCUAUAAUGAAGCUGAAUCCCUGAUCAGCAAAUGCUUCAUUUUUUCCCCCCCUUUCUUUUCAUAUAAAACAUGAUUGACUGGGAAAUAAUCUGGCUUUCAUGUCUUAUCUUAAAUCCAUGCAACUUUGUAACAUCUAAUAAAAAUACCAAAGGACCAGUAAAGUCACAAACAGCUGCUUCAUCUAUUUAAAAAAUAAAUAAACAAAUAAGUGGUUUCACCUGAGUGAAGAGCUGUAGAUAUGAGUUUUGUAGAGUUUCAAAAGUGUCUUUUGCUCUUUUAAAAGGUGAAAAAUGACGCUGAGUUUACGGUACUCUAACAAUGCAUUAAUUACGAUUGCAACACAAAGUCUGUGUGUUGCAGUUGGUUUUGCUUUUCUGACGGGAAAUUACCAAAAAAAAAACAUUAAAAGACCUUUGAGCAGCUUAAAGAAGAAUGAUGUGGUUAUAAGACAAUAAGGACUGUGUAUUAAAUAUAUAUCAUAAACAUAACAACCCUAAACACAUCUCCGUAUGGUCAAUUUAUAAAAUCCCACUUUGCAAAAAAAUAAAAUAAAAAGAUUUUGAAUUAUAGUCUCUAGAUGUGCACAGUUGUUCACAUAUAGGAAUAAUGGUUUAUUCAAAUGGUUCUUUUGAUUUUACCAACAUGUUUUUUUGUUUUUUGUUCUGAUUGGAAGCAAGGCUGACAUUUUGGAGUCCCGAUUUGAACCUGAGGGCUCGCGAGAUUAGGGUGAUGGUAAGAGACCUUCCAGCUUUAAACAUUUACCUCCACAGAUAAACUGAACAAAAUACCAGUGGAAUCACACCAAAACAUGUUUCCCAUUUGAAUUUAAAUGUUAUCGUCCUGCUCUAUGAGUAACUUUGGGGCCUAAUUGUAUAUUAGGUAGUAAGACUUUCUCAAAUAUAGCAUGUAGCAUCUAUUUACUGACUUCAAAGCACCAUGCUAACGCAGCUAGCACAGCAAUGAUUGACAGGGGUGAACUGGCUAGCAACAUAUAUCUUCAAAGUGUGACAACCAUCUAUGUGCUACAACUAAGAACACUUUCCUGGUUCAGGAAACUCGUGUUUCAGAACAAAUACUUUGGCAAAGUCUGCAUUAGAAUACAUUUAAAAAAAAUAAGGCCACAUUCUUCUGUCAGGAAAAAAAAAAAUGCAGGACCAAACUACAAAUAAUAGCGUCCUUUUCCGUCUUAUGUUUGUGAAGGUGUCAGACACUCUCGUCAGGUGCCUUUAGGCUCCUCUGGGAACUCCCACCUCCUAAAGCAGGAAGUCCUAUAAUAUAAAAUUGCUCUCUGAUGUGUUCACGGACCGCUAGGUAUUUGAAAUUUGAUUUAAGCCUCACAGCAAGUGGUUGCGGACAUCAUUCUUUUCUAACGAUACAAAAAGAGGAACAUUCAGGAUUUUUGUGGGACGAAAAGCUGAAAGCACAACAUAUAAACUCCGCUAACAAUAUUAGCAGAUCUAUUUUUGUUGAACUUCUGAUUCUGUCGUUAGCAAGGUCUAUAAGUUAAUGCUUUUUUUUAAUGUCUGAAAAAUCAACUUACUUGAUUUUUUUUUGCAAAUAAAUUAGACCUGCCAGCCCUUAUUCUUACAUAACUCAUCAAUAUAGCUACACAUCAACCUUUUUAAAAAAAUAUAUAUCUGCUCUGCUUCGAAUAUUAAUAGGCUAUGUAAAAAUUGCUGAUUAAUUUCAGUUUGAAGCAAUUAGGUCGACUGAAUAGCGUUUACUUAUCUGACAUAAUGUCAACAAGUUAUUUUAUAUCAAUCAGUCAAAUUUACAGAACGUCGAUCAUACAUUUGAAUGCAACACAAAGUGCAGUGCAAAAGUUAAAAAAGGGACCAGGCAUGCAGACAGCGAUCGAUACUGACACCACAUAAAAACUAAAGCUAAGUCCAACUAGACUAAAACGUCAAGUGACAUUCAGAAGCGGGAGCGCGCUCCCAGCUGAGUUUUGACAUUUCCGACAGCCGUGAACGCAGCAGAGCCUGUGUUUGAUGAGAAGGUGCCGCAGCUUCAGACGGACUUCACUUCGUCCUCGGGCGCAGGGAGCGCAGCGAUCCGCGCGUGGCCGCAAACCCGACGGCACGGGAUUAAGUUUUUGCCCCGAGGGACUCUUCUUCUUCUUCUUCUUCUUCUUCUUCUUCUUCUUCUUCUUCUGCUGCUGCUGCUCACUUCUGCUCUGGCUGUUUUCACUCAGGAGAAUCAGAAAGUUCACUUUUCAGAAGUUGUUCAAGUCGCGGGGCGGAUUAAAUCCAUCGAGGGAAACGCAUCAAGUGGAUUUUACUCACCUGGUUCCUCGUGGCACAGAAAGAGGAGACUUCUGGAUAUUUAUAUUGCUCACAUUUACCAGCUGUUCAAUCCGUCUUACCACCCUUUUCUUUAUUUCUUAUUUAGUUUUUUUUUGUUGUUUUUUUUUUUAACUCUACAGCACUGAUGAUGCGACUCUUUCCGGCAUACAGUGCAUGUUUGGAGGACGUGCAGAGGGUUGAAAUGCUACAGGGUCGUUAAAUUUAUUGGAACGUGACUGCCGGAUAUGAACUUUCUCCGUAAUGAUUGCAGGAGCGCUGGUGAAUGAUUGACAGCGUGCUGGCACAACUGGUUUCCCCAUCAGAUAUCCAUUUUACCCUUCAACAGGCUGAUUUGUGUCUUUUCUCUCAGAACAGAACUUUCUUCUGUUGACUCGUCUAAAACAUAAAGUUUCCGCCAUAAACUUGGGUAAAAUGAGCCCUUCUUUAUUUCAGUUGGUGUAAAGACUCUGCCAUAACCGGAUAACAGACUUACUUCAUCCAUGGCAUCAGCAGUGAGACUCAUGCCGUACAGCCUGAUGCUGUACCUGCUUUUCGUUUUCUGGUCUCUCGGUUUCACAUCAGGAGCCUCCAAGGUCUUGGUUUGUGAGCCCAUUACAGUGCCCAUGUGUAAGGGCAUUGGUUACAACUUGACAUACAUGCCCAAUCAAUUCAAUCAUGACACCCAGGAGGAAGUGGGGCUGGAGGUGCACCAGUUCUGGCCCCUGGUCCGCAUCCGCUGCUCCCCAGACCUGCUGUUCUUCCUCUGCAGCAUGUACACUCCAAUCUGCUUGCCGGACUACAGGAAGCCGCUGCCCCCCUGCCGCUCCGUGUGCGAGCGGGCCAAGCGAGGCUGCUCCCCCCUCAUGAGCCAAUAUGGCUUUGAGUGGCCUGAGAGGAUGAGCUGUGAGCAGCUGCCCCAGCUCGGCGAUGAGACCCUGUGCAUGGACCAGAACAGCAGUGAGACCACCACUCUGGCGCCUUCGUUCCCGAAGUCCACCCCCAAAGUCAGAACCAGACCUCCCAGCCCACCGCAGUGUGACAGGGAGUGCCGUUGCAGAGAACCCCUGGUCCCCAUCAAGCGGGAGUCCCACGCUCUCUACGGCAGAGUCCAGACCGGCCCUUUGCCCAACUGCGCCCAGCCCUGCCACCUGCCCUACUUCUCAGCGGACGAACGCGCCUUCACCAGCUUCUGGGUCGGGCUCUGGUCCGUGCUGUGCUUCAUCUCCACGCUGACCACCGUGGCCACUUUCCUCAUUGACAUGGAGCGGUUCAAGUACCCAGAGAGGCCCAUCAUCUUCCUGGCUGCCUGCUACCUCUUCGUCUCCUUGGGAUUCAUCAUACGUCUGGUUGCUGGUCAUGAGCGAGUGGCUUGUGGCUACAGCGGCCUCGGCGGAAGCCAGCUGCACAUCCUGUAUGACGCUUCCGGCCCCGCUCUCUGCACCCUAGUCUUCCUGCUGGUGUACUUCUUCGGGAUGGCCAGCUCCAUCUGGUGGGUGGUGUUGUCCUUCACGUGGUUUCUCGCGGCGGGAAUGAAGUGGGGUAGCGAGGCCAUUGCUGGAUACUCGCAGUACUUCCACCUGGCUGCAUGGCUCAUCCCGAGUGUCAAGUCCAUCGUGGUCCUCGCUCUCAGUUCCGUGGACGGGGAUCCCGUGGCUGGAAUCUGCUACGUCGGGAACCAGAGUCUGGAGAAUCUGAGGGGGUUUGUGCUGGCCCCUCUUGUGGUCUACCUCUUCACAGGCUCGCUGUUCUUACUGGCUGGGUUUGUCUCUUUGUUCCGCAUCAGGAGCAUCAUCAAACAAGGUGGCACCAAGACGGACAAACUGGAGCGGCUGAUGAUCCGAAUUGGGCUUUUCACAGUGCUGUACACAGUCCCCGCCACCAUCGUGGUGGCAUGCCUGGUCUACGAGCAGCACUACCGACCCGGCUGGGAGCGAGCCCUGGCCUGCUCCUGCCUGUCGGAGCGCCAGCGCUCGGGCCCGGACUACGCCAUCUUCAUGCUCAAGUACUUCAUGUGCUUGGUGGUGGGCAUCACAUCCGGAGUUUGGAUUUGGUCGGGAAAAACUCUGGAGUCGUGGAGGAGAUUCGUGGCCAGAUGCUGCCCCUGCUGGCCACAGAAGGUCACUGCACCGCCUUCCAUGUACAGCGAAGCUAGCACAGCCUUAACGGGACACACUCGAACUGGGUUGUCGUCGGGGAUCUAUCAGAAGGUCCCUCCGUCCCAUAUAUGAACUGUGUGGCAACACGAAACAUUUUAGAGAACCUGUGAUUGUGGACAAGAAACCAGAACUAUAAGUUUGUGUCAUUUUACCCUAAAUAUAAACUAUAAACAUUAAAUACUGAACGAAAAGAUUCAGAGCGUAAAUAAGGUAAAAAGUAUAUAUAUAUA